AUGGAUGCAGAUAUCUCUCGAUGGAUCGUGGAGUUUCUAGUCACAACAAAUAUUAGUGAUAUAACUUUGAAGAAGGUUAUUGAUCUCGUUCUCCCUGUCAACGUCGUCGACCCCAGCUUAAAGAAGGCCAUGCUUAUUCGAGCCAUCGUCUCGGAGAUAUCCAAAUCUGCCGGCGUGGCUUCUCAUAAAAUGUUGGAGCUGAUGGAAGAACUGGUGGAUUUAGAGCCGCCUUCUCAUGCCCUCCAGACGGCAUAUUGCGAUGUGGCCGUGGAUGUCACGGUCAACAUGCUGAAACAAAGUGAGGAGAAAUACAUUGAAUCCGUCAAUGUAUUGUGGAAGACAAAAAUUGAAUCAAUGAUUAAUAACUCUAAUGGGCUCGUUUGUGAGGACCUACUGGAAUGGAAACAUGUAAUGGAGGCAUCCUUAUUGGACGGUACCUGCAGUCAUCUUUGUGAAGAUGAUCCUUUGAAGAUAUUAAGAGACAGUAAUUACGAGUCUCUAAAGUCUCUAAGGGAUUAUAUUAACGAAGUCCGGUCCAACAUGGGUCCUUCAUUUCUUCAAAGAGUGGCCCAGAUGGAAGGUAUUCAACAACUCUUACAAGGGAUUGAGAUCUCUGCAGAUGAGAGGAAUAGGAAUGAUGGUUGUGAUAAAAAGAAAACAAUUGAAGUAAUAAAUUUAGAAGAUAAUGAUGAGGAGGAUGAGACAAAUAAGAAAAUUAUUAAUGAUACAACAAAGAAGGGUGAAUCUUCUCUUCCCACCUUGAAGAGGAAAGGUGGGAGUUCGAGUAUUAGAAGAAGAAGGAAAUUUUGGAGUAAUUUGGAAGAAGACACUCUCCGAGAUGGUGUUAAAAAAUUUGGGCAUGGGAAUUGGAAGUCUAUCUUGGAACAUUACAAAGAUAUUUUUGAAGAGAGGACUGAGGUUGAUUUGAAGGACAAAUGGAGAAACAUGAUGAGGUGA